CUAUACGUUGCAUUCUCAUUCUGAGGCUUGGAGGAAAGGGUUGUUGGUCAAUAUGAGAAGCCUCUGUGUAGCUGUCCUACUUAUAACAAAAUUUCCUUCAAACUGUAACUUUCGAAAUGCGGAAGAAACGAUUGAUGCUAGGUCGAGGACUGAUUUAGUGGAAAUCAUGCAGACAAAUAAAUCGUAUGCUGGAGAAAUGUUCGAUGAUAAACACGUGAAUGGCGGAAUUCCAAAGGGAACGAAGAUAAGGAAGAUUAUCUUAAAGCAAGAUGUGGAUCGAGAAGCCUUGUCACAUUUGUGGGAACGCACAGUGCCGGGUACAUACCAAGGAGACAUGAUUCUGACUGUGGAUCAGGAGUUGGCCUUACUGAAGUUGGAGGAAACUCAAGGAGAAAUACAUAAACGUGGAGCAGUACAGGAUAUCAGAUGGCUCUGGCCACAAGCCGUAAUACCCUUCAUAAUUGGUAAAAAAAUAGAGAACAGUAGCGCUAUACUGGCAGCGAUGCGAUAUGUAGAGUCCGUCUCAUGUCUAAAAUUCGUUCCAAACAACAGCUCGAUAUCUGAAACUCUGGGACAUAAAAGUUACAUUCACAUUGAUCUAGGAGAUAGAUGUGUGGCAAACAUUGGAAAGUACGGAAGUCGCAGACAGCCACUACGGCUUACCAACAGAUGCUUACAGUUUCAAGGCAACAUCGUUCAUGAAUUGUUGCACACUGCGGGCUUUUACCACGAGCAGAGUAGACCUGAUCGCGAUGAAUACGUGCAAAUAAACUGGCUCAAUAUUGCACAAUCUAAAGCCUACAAUUUUGUGAAGGAAAACAUUAAUACAAAUUAUCCAUACGAUCUGAAUUCCAUCUUGCACUACGGCAGGAAUGUUUUUGCAAUAGACGGUCGUUUUCCAUCUAUUAAAACAGUAAAUCCGUUGCUACAGUACGACGUUGGUGGCGAUCGUCGAUCCAUGACGUAUAAUGACAUCCACAUACUGAAUGACGUUUACAGUUGCAGUGCUGGAUGUCCAGAAACAGACUGUGGAAAUGGUUUUCUUGGUGCCAGAUGCGAAUGUUUUUGCUUUAAAGCCGAUGAAAACGAACCCGAUGACUACUGUAAUGACCAACCUGCUGAGAUGUUAAGAGGUUGCAGAUAUAACUUGACUGCUACAUCUGGAACAAUAACAUCGCCUAACUUUCCUUCACCGUACGACGACAACACCCACUGUCUAUGGUACAUCCAUGCAGAAGAAGGAAACAUUAUAACACUGACGUUUCACACGUUUUCUAUCGAAUCUUCACCUGGAUGUAAAUCUGACUUUUUGCAAGUACGUGAUAAAGAUGUUUACGAGGAGACAGAGAAUUUAUGUGGUUAUAGGAUACCUGGUAAAGUAAUUUCCGAUAGAAAUGAGAUGCUGUUGUACUUUAACACAGACAACUAUAUAAGCUCGAUGGGAUUUAAUGUCACUUACGUAAUUACCGAUCACUCGCACUUGGAUUAUUCUAACUGUUGGAUGAAAAGCUGCUACAUAAACCUUAACCAGAGGGCAUUGUGGAGCGAAGCAGAAGCACUGUGCGUGCAAGAAGGGGGACAUCUUCCAGUCAUCAACAAUGAAGACGAAAACGAGUUCAUUCGGCGUUACAUUGCACGAUGCAAUAUCGAUAUUGUAUCAUGGAUAGGAUACAAGUCAAUUGGCAAAGGAAAAAAAUGGAAUUGGGUUAUUGAAGAACCAACAGCUAAAUUCACAAGUUGGCACCCAACACAGCCAAUCUCCAGUAAGAAAGGUCAGUGUGCAACCGCUUCCGUGUACGGAUUUUGGGAGAGUAAACAAUGUGCCUCAAGUUAUUUUCCUGUCAUUUGUGAAACACCAUCAAAGACGACAGAGGCAAUUUUGUACGACUGGGAGACAUGGACUUCCUGCACAGUGAGUUGUGGAGGCGGCACACGUAGAAGGCAUCGUCAGUGCAGUCAGCCCGGAUUAUGUUCAGGAAACUUGCGUGAGAGUGACCUGUGCGGGAAAGUUCCAUGUUCUAAUAGGAUUAUUAAGGGCCACAAUGCUACGAUGAGCAGUAUGUUUUUAACACGCCAUGCCAUGAAAGCUGUUGACGGCCAUCCUUGGCCAAGCCUUUGGCACGAAAGUUGCAGUGAGACAAAUGGUGAGUGGGAGCCAUGGUGGAUGGUGGACCUCGGUGAAUUUUACGUUGUUGAAAAGAUAAUCAUUACCAAAAUGGCAGAUUACGGUGGAGACCACUUAAUCGGUGCUGUUGUCCGUGUUGGUAAUGUUUUGGUGGCGAAGAGGAACAUGAAAUGUGGACCGACAAUAAACAAGACGAUGGUGGCGCUCGAUUACCAUAUCGAUAUUGAGUGCGCUCCUGCGAUUGUAGGAAGAUACGUCAGCAUUCAGAUGGAGAACUUAUUGAGAUCACUGACUUUAUGUGAGGUCGAGGUUUAUACUACAGUUCUUGAAUUCCCAAUACUAACAUGUCCACCAAGGGCGUCUGGUAUCGCCAGAGAGGGCGCGUCGACUGCAGAGGUAUUCUGGUAUAGCCCAAUAGUAAUUGAUCCAUUCGAAAGAACAUUUGAUGUCCUCUGUAUACCCGAGAGGAAUUCGAAAUUCCAGUCUGGUAGUAGUAAUGUAACGUGUUUAGCAACAGCUGAAGAUGGAACAACACUCUCAUGUUGGUUCCCAGUUACUGUGAUAGUUCAUCAAUCCCCUAUAAUAACGUGUCUACCAAGGGCGUCUGUUUUUGCCAGAGCGGGCGCAUCGACUGCAAAUGUAUACUGGAAUAGACCAAAAGUAAAUGAUCCAUUCGAAAGAACAUUUGAUGUCGUCUGUAUACCAGAGACGUAUUCAAAAUUCCAGUUGGGAAGUAGUAAUGUAACGUGUGUAGCAACAGCUGAAGAUGGAGUAACCUUCUCAUGUGGGUUCACGCUUACCGUGAAAGGAAUAAAUCCUUUGUCUUUAACCUGUCCAAAUGACAUCAAAUUACAUAUAAAACGAAGCACCUCUGGCAAGAUUAUUAAUUACAGUGCGCCACUACUUAUUGAUGCUGAUCAUUAUCGUCGACGGCCAACAAUAACUUGCAGUCAUCCAUCAGGAACAUUGUUUCCACUUGGUAAAACAGAUGUCAAGUGCAGUGCAGUACUGGAUCAACGCAUACUAGCGUCUUGUUCCUUCCGAGUGAAGUUAAAAGAAUGUAAGGAUGAAUUCCUAGAAAGCUGUUACAUUUAUAUCUCAGCAAAGAGAUCAUUUAACAAACAGGUUUCCAUUUGUCAAGAGGCUGGAGGGUCGUUGGUUAACAUUCAUAGUCAGGAAGAGAAUAAGUUUUUGACAAACAAGUUUCUGGGAUUAUCCAGAAAAUAUAUGAUGUAUGCAGGACUGCGGUAUAGGUUAAACAGUGGCUGGAAAUGGGAAAAUGGACAGGGGAUUGAAGACUUCAAAAAUUGGGCUUCGUCACAACCAAUGGAAUACACCAAAGGCAAAUCAUGUGUUGCACUAAAACCAAAUGGAAAAUGGAUGACCUAUAACUGCAAAACUAAGCUUCGGACUAUCUGCGAAUUAGAUAUUGGUGGUUAGAACUGAAAUGGUGCCAUUUGUAUAGAAUUUUUCAAAUAUAUUUCUUUACAGUUCUUCUACUUAAAAUAUUUUAUAGUAUAAUUAUACAGUAUAUACUAUCUAUAGGCUUAUAAUCAACUAUGAUUGUUAUGUGCCGCCAUAACUGGCCGAAAACCUAAUAACGUCUUAGACAAAUGUAUGUGCAUUAAAACAAAGGUGUGAUGAUUGAAGACAAAUACGUUUUAUUUACCAACAAACAUAGCACGCAGUUGACGAUGACGUUUUCAUCAGAUUAAUAAUGCGUAGGCCUACAACACAAAGGAAAUGGUAACAGAAUGUAUCAUCAGUGACGUUUAUUAUACAAAGAAGCACGGAUAUUACACACCAUAGGAAACUAUUAUUGUUUUAUAGUAACAUGUGACUAUAUUAUGGGACCAACUUAAUGUCUCCAGUUUUGGACCCAAUGAAGAUAAUACCUAUUUGUUAAUUUCAUAUAUUACCAAUUGCUAUAUAAACAUAAGCAUAUAAAUUUACUAAAAACAAUACGGAUGUUUCAAACGAUUAAAAGUUUAUCCAAUAAAAACUAGUAGUAUAUCACCUUCUGGGGGUAAUCCGGUUUUCUGCUCUCUUCCACAGUAGUGUUUUAGCAAUUAUUAUAUAUAAUUUUGCUAAUACAGUUAGUUGAAUUGAUAUUAUACUGUCGAUGUUUUA